CUUGGUCUCUGUACUACAAUUAGACACUCCAUGAGAUCAUUUAUCACCUCUCCCAUCAUCGUGUACUACCCAUCCAACCCCUUUCCUCCUCACGCUCACCCUCCCUCAUAUAUCCCAGAGCCUCCAUAUGCUCCCAACUCCCAAAACCUUACCCCACGGCAUUACCUGCAACAAUCCAUCUCGUACAUCAACCGUCAAGGAAUCAAGCUCCCUCCAUGACAUAACCCAACCAACCCAGCAACCUAGCGCCGAACAUCUGCUGUGUCUCGCCAAUUCCCUCCCCUCUGAUUCGC